AUGGGCUCAGCGGAAUCACUGUCAUCUGCUCCUACCCGCUUUUCGGGCAGGAUAUCACGCUUGACGCGUAGACGUACUAGGAUAAUCGUUCUCAUUGGUGUUAUGUUGACGAUUGUCUCUGCAUUUUACUACUUUGCCCCGGGAAACAAUUUCGCAAGCUUAAAGCUAAGUAAAGGAACUGAGUCAGAAGGUGGUAUGUUUGACAAGUUGUUUGACAUCGACGCCGUCAACAGGUACCUAAGCAAUGCAAACAAAGAAACAAAAAAAUUGGAGAAAGAAAACGAAGUUAAAGGAGCUCAACUUCAAGUGAAAAUCAACGAAGAACAAGAAGCCCUAUUGAAUAAUGCUGAAGAACUUAGAAAGCUAUAUUUUAAUUCUGAUCAUAACGGUAUUAUCAAUUUUGGCUCCACUGGUAACAUGGGUAAACCUGAGUUGAAUAUCCUCAAAAAUAAAGAUUCUAAGAAUAAACUACAAGAGCUUCUUCAUGAUGGCAAGGAUGGUAAAACCUCUAAUAAUAAAGAAGAGCCAGGUGGAGACAGAAGUAUACCUUUGACUGAUGAAAUCCUGCCUGAUGAAGAUGCCUUUGCUAAAAUUGAUACUGAGCAGCUAAUCAAAGGUGACCUAACAUUCCAGAAUUUCUUUGGUCAAAUUUUGAAGUUGAUUUCUAAGAACCAUUUAUCGUUCCCUCUAGAGCGUCGUAUGAAACUAAAAGACGGUAAACCGAUUAUUGAUGAAGUUUUCUUUUUUGAGCAAUCUUACGAUAGGUUAAGUGAGCAUGACUUGUAUGGCUUAUUCGAAUUUCCCCAAAACUUUAUUAGUGAUUUGAAAUUGAAGCAUGAGAACGUUGUUAGGGGCAUUCCUGAUGUUGUUCCACAUUUUUACAAGGGUGAUGGUUAUGUUACUGUUGGUGGUGGAAUCUAUUCAUGGUAUGCCUUACUAGGUAUUGAAACCCUUAGAAAAGUCGGUUCUAAAUUACCAGUUGAAGUGUUUUUGCCAGAGCUUAAAGAUUAUGAGUUUGAAUUUUGUGAGGUUAUUUUGCCUAAACUAAACGCAAGAUGUAUUGAAAUGUACAAGAUUUUUGGUGCUCAAAGUUUACAAGAUUUUGAUGUCCAAGGUUAUCAAUACAAGGCUUUUGCAUUAUUGGCAUCAUCUUUUGAGAAUGCAUUUUUAUUGGAUUCAGAUUCUUAUCCAGUUACCAAUCCAGAUCCCCUAUUUGAGUCGGAACUUUAUAAAGAAUAUCAGAUGAUCACAUGGCCAGAUUUUUGGAGGAGAACUGUUUCUCCUUACUUCUACGAGAUUUCAAACACUGAAAUUGGUAUGGUUCCAGUUAGACACCUGAAUGAUUUUUUUGUCAACCCUAAAUAUUUGGAAUACAAACAAGGUGAUGACAUUGUUGUUGGUGCUACUUACCAUGAUCGUGCUGGCACUAUACCAGAUUGGACUACAGAAUCUGGUGAGAUGUUAAUAAACAAACGUAAGCAUUUUAGGACAUUGAUUUUAGCAUUAUAUUACAACUAUGAUGGACCAUAUGGUUACUACCCAUUAUUAUCCCAAGGUGGUGCUGGUGAAGGUGAUAAGGAGACUUUUGUUGCUGCCGCUAACUUCUAUGGCUUGAAGUGGUACCAGGUCAACAAAAAGUGUGAAAGACACUUUGGUUGGUACAAUGAUGAGCAAAAUUAUGAGCAUUCUACAAUUGUCCAGUAUGAUCCAAUUUCUGAUUACGACUUGCUACAAAAAUCCCGUGAAAUGUAUAGGAAAGACGUUGAAACUGCUGGCGAUAGUUAUGAAUAUAACUAUGAUAAAUAUUUCCUUGAUUUCUUCACUCCUGAUGCUCUUAAUCCAAUGUUUUACCAUGUGCAUGAUCCAAAGAUGAACCCAUUCAAAAUCAUGGAAAAGAAAUGGACCGAAAACUUGGACGGUAAAAAGAUUCGUAAUGUCGCAGAAGAUUUCCCACGUGUUCACUUUGAUUUAGAGCUCUUCCUCUGGGGUACGAUUAAUCAUUACAUGUGUGAUACAUCGACCAACUUCCGUGCUUUCGAUGGUCAGGACAAAACUGAGUUAUGUAAUAAAUUUAUGCCUGAUCAGUUGGCAUACUUAAAAUUCAGUUCUCAGAAGAUCUUCGAUGCUUAUAAAUCUGAAAACUAUCAGGAACAAAUUAAAGGUGGUCGUGACUGGACCUGA